UCAAAGAAGCCACAACCCGCGUGUCUUUGAAACAACAGUAUCAGAAUCGUUAAUAAUAUUUAUACACAAAAUAUUUGUGAUUUAAGUGUAGAAUUGUGGCAAAUACCUAAAUUUUCUCUCCCUUACGUGAAGAUUAUUUCCUCAGUGAAGCGAGAGAUCGCCGAGAGGUUGAGUUUUAUUAAUUCAACACCGCGGCAUUGUAAACAUGGCUGAAACCGAAGCUGCAGUGAACCCCAAGGCAUACCCAUUGGCGGAUGCCGCCUUAACCGCUAAAAUCCUGAACUUGGUGCAACAAGCUACCAAUUACAAGCAACUUCGUAAAGGCGCGAACGAGGCCACAAAGACCCUUAACCGUGGUCUAUCUGAGCUCAUCAUAAUGGCAGCAGAUGCCGAACCUCUCGAAAUUGUUCUUCACAUUCCAAUUCUGUGCGAAGAUAAGAAUGUGCCAUAUGUGUUUGUUAGGUCUAAGCAAGCACUCGGUCGUGCUUGCGGUGUUUCCAGACCCAUCAUAUCUUGCUCGAUAACCAUCAAUGAGGGCUCACAACUAAAGCCUCAGAUCCAAACUAUUCAGCAAGAAAUCGAAAGACUAUUAGUUUAAGUAUAAAUAGACGUGUAAGGAAAUUAUUUUGUGUCGAAUACAAUAUUUUAAUA